CCACUUCUCAUCGCGCCUCCAGAAAACGAUGAUGCGAAACAAGUCACCUUGGGGUCCUCUGAGACUAUCAAACUCGAUGCUUUAGGUCCGAUGGUAGUGAAUAGUGAUGGGACCUUAUCGAGGAUUGCAAACUGGGAGAAUAUGACAAAGGAGGAGAAAGAAAGGACCAUACGUGUCGUUGCAGCUCGGAACAGG